GAGGGAAAAAAGGGAGGCAUCCUAGACUGAGAAGCGUCGUUUUAUGGCCAUGGAUGAAAAUGAAGACAUCCUCGCCGAAUCUCACUCCAGCUUGGUGCUGAUGAUUCUGAAGCCCGCUAGCAGCAUUGUUUGAGUCAUCAUGAUCAAUAUCUUGGCUGCAAGUCUCAUUGUUAUCGUGGCCAUUGCGGCCGCCCACGCCCUCCCAGACCAGAGCCCAGAAACACCCACCCGGCACGGUCAUGAGAGGCAAGCCCGCGAGCAGGGGAAGCGUGGGUCUCCACUAUCCUCUCAUAACACCAGUCGUCGCCCACGCGCCAACGCAGCCCAGUUCUCGUGCGAUUUCCCAGUCUUCGGCCUCGACUCGGUCGACUGCGAGUACAUGGCGUCGAUUGGCAUGCUGGGCCAGGGCUUUAACGCGCAGGACGAGAACGGGCGCAUCUGGAUCGGCUCGCAGGGGCCCAACCGGUUUACGUUUGUCAACGCCGCCGGCGUGCCGAUAACGCUGAUCGUCUGGUACAUGGCGCCGUACGACGACCAGGCGUCCUUCAUGAACGCCCGCGCGCCCGACAUCAGCUACUCGCUGCCGACCACGGGGAGCGCCGUCGAGGUGUCGCUGGCCAACGGCGUGCCCGGGGCCUGGUCGGCGCUGUACAACCACUCGACCACGCUGUCGCCAUACGGCCAGAUCAACAACACGUUUGGCGAGUUCAGCACCGGUUCGUACGCUACCAUCGACCUCUCGCGCCUGGUCAACAUGCGGGGUGACCAGAUGACCGUCAUCGUCUCGGGCGGCUGCGUCUCCAACAUGGCCACGUGCGUCUACACGUGCGUGUCCGAGGGCGACAAUUCGUGCGGCGCCGCCGGCACUUACAACCUGCUCAACUGCGUCGGCCCCAACGCCGUCCAGUACAUCGACCCCGAGGGGAACCCCACGGGCGGCUGCCAGGGCUGGAGCUUCGGGGGAGACAUCCAAAUUGUGAUGACUUGAAGGGAAAUUGAGUCUGGGAUCUUGUGUAAUGCAGCCUGCCGGCUCCGAGUUUGGUUAGCACCGGUAGCCAACCGGCAUUGUUUGGUCUUUCGAGGGUCUAGGGUUCUGAUUAUGGUGUGCCAACGCAACUGACUCACCGAGAUUCGGCUUGCUUGUUUUGAUUGGCGCAAGACUAGACUGAGCAGCGUAGCGAAAUGAUUAUAUACCUAGGUGAUAAUUUCACUUUUGCUUGAGGAUUGUCAA